CCCUCCCCAGGGCAGGGGGCUGAGGGCGGAAAGAGGGAAAGGAGCCGGGUCAGCCCGGGCACCGAAGGGGCAACAUGAGCCAGAGGGAGGGGAGCAAGGUGGAUUUCCAGUCCCAACCCUCGGUCUCACCCCUCCCCCAUCUCGAAGCAAAGAUCCUUCAGACCCACAACCUCGCCCGGCUCCUCACCGGCUAUGCUGAGCAGCUGUUCCAGGAAUAUGUCCAGCACCAAGGCGACCCCUUCGGGCUACCCAGCUUCUCUCCCCCGAGGCUGCCGGUGCCCGGACUGAGCCCCCCGGCGGCAUCCCACGUGGCGCUCCCCACCCUCCAGCGGCUGCAGCUGGACGCAACCGCCCUGGGCGCCCUGCCCCCGCUCCUCGACGCCGUCCGCCUCCUCCAGGCCGACCUCAAUCCCUACGCCCGGCGGCUGCUGCGGCACCUGGACGAGGCCUCCCGCCGGACCCGGGCAUUAGCGGGGGCCGUGGAGGCCUUGCUGGGGGCGCUGGGGGAGGCCGGGGGACCACAGGCCCCCCCCCCGGCCAACCCUUCCCAGCCCCCCGGCGUCUUCCUGGCCAAGCUUCUAGGCUACCAGGUGUGCAGGCUCUACCAGGAGUGGGUGAACCGUACGGAAGAGGACUUGGGGCAGCUGGCACGGGGUGAGGAAACUUGAUGAGAAGGGGGUGGGGGGCUCAGCCCCCUCUCUGAGGGAUUGACAUGUUCCUGACCUGGUGACCCCUGAGCACUAGGGCCUCUUCUAGUUCUGCCUUUCUCUCGACCUCUGGGUGCCUUUCUGUGUGCCUCGGUCUUCUGUGCCUCUAUCCCUCUGACUCAUUCUCUUAGGUAGGCCCAGAGGAGCGGUGAGAGCGUCUGUCUAUCUGUCCGUCUGUCUAUCUGUCCAUCUCUCUCUCUCUUUCCCUUUCCCUGGAGCCCCUAGGCAGAUUUCUAGUCCAAUUUCAAGGGCAAACCUGCCCGUCGGCCUCCCCCUCCUUUCGUUCAGGUAUGUUCCGUCUCCCUCUUCCGUAGGCCUCCUCUUCACAGUCUUUCCGUCUCCCCUCAACCCCUCCUCCCCUACCACACCCAAGUCAAGAGAUCUGUGAAAAAGCUCUCUUGAAAAAGAGAUUUUUAUUUCAGAAAAAUAAAUUAAUUUGGGGGUAAAUACAAAA